CGUGUUUGACGUGGCGUGUCUUCGUGUGCAGGUGGCGGCAGCUGCUCGCAGCCGCAGCCUGUGGUGAACGGGACGAGCGCGCCCGGAGGGUAUCCCGGCUGCGAUGGGCUCUCGGCCGCAGAGCCGAGCGCGGAGCAGGUGGCGGCCUUUCUGCGCGCGCACGCCGACUUCCUGGAGCGCUUCGUCAUGGAGGAGGUGCAGCUGGAGCAGCUGGAGCGCUGGGUGAUCCGCGGCACGCGCCGCGCCAAGCAGCGCCUCGACCCCGCCUCCGCCGCGGGCGCCGGCGCCGCCGGUAAGAACGGGAGGAAGACGAGCCUGUCCCGCUGGAAGUUCUGCGUGCACGCGGACAAGCGGCAGAUGCUGCAGGAGCUGACGCGCUCGCUGCAGCAGCGGCCGGCGCAGGCGCACGUGCUGUGGGAGCUGGCCGCGUGCAUCUGCCAGGCCGUGGCCGCGGACGGCUUCCGCCUCUUCGUGGCGGACCGCGCCAGCCCCGAGGUGCUCGCGCAGUACCUCGGCCUCGACUCCAGCGAGGGCGGAGAGCCCAAGGUGCAGCGGCUGUCGUCGGAGGGCGCGCACGGCGCCGAGGUGCCCGCCGGCCCCGCCCACGUGGCGCGCACCAAGGAGCCCCUGCGCCUGUCGCGCGCGGAGCCCGACCCGCGCUUCCCGCACGCCUUCCACGCCAACAGCGACUGCUCGCACGUGCUGUACCAGCCGGUGGUGCAGCCCGAUGGGCAGCUGGCAGCCGUGCUGGAGCUGUGGCGGCGGGAGCCCGGGCCGCCCUUCCACGAGGAGGACGAGGAGAUCGCCAGCAGCUACCUGGUGUGGGGCGGCAUCGCGCUGCACUACGCGCAGCUCUACGUCUCCAUGAACAAGCAGCGCACGCUCAACGACUUCCUGCUCGCCGUGGUGAAGUCAAUUUUUCAAGAUAUGGUGAGCAUUGAUGCCCUGGUAAUGAAGAUAAUGAACUUCGCACAAAGGCUUGUAGAUGCCGACAGGGCAUCUUUGUUCCUAGUCGAUUCAAAGACUAAAGAACUUUAUGCAAGGAUAUUUGACGUAGGGGUGAGUGACGUGGUGGAAAAUGCUGGUGAAUUGGUUGAUGAAGCAGGCGCAAAGCAGCCUUCUUCGCGAGAAAUUAGGUUCCCGUUAGGUACUGGAAUAGCUGGGCAAGUGGCCUUAACAGGUGAAAUUCUCAAUAUAGAUGAUGCAUAUUCAGAUCCCCGAUUUAAUCGGAUGGUGGACCAAUUGACUGGAUAUCACACUCAAUCUAUAUUGUGCAUGCCCAUUUUUAUUCGAGGUGUAGUUAUUGGAGUUGUACAAAUGGUCAACAAACAUGUGGGGACAUUUACCAAAGAAGAUGAAGAAGCUUUUGAGACAUUUGCUGUUUACUGUGGUUUAGCCUUGCAUCAUGCUAAACUGUAUGAUAAAAUUGCUCGAUCAGAGCAGAAGUACAGGGUCGCUUUGGAAGUACUGAGCUAUCACAACACAUGUUCAGAAGACGAAGUGGAGAAAAUGCAUGCGCAAGGAAUUCCAGACAGCAUACCAGGAGUUGACGAUGUGUCAUGUUUCAGCUACUACUUUAGUGUUUUUGCACUUGAUGAUUAUGAAAAAGCACGCCAUGCAAUUUUCAUGUUCCAAGAUUUGUUUGGUCUGUCACGCUUUGAUACUGACAGUGUUAUCAGAUUUACUUUGACUGUUAAAAAGAAUUACAGACGUGUACCAUAUCAUAAUUGGACCCAUGGAUUUGCAGUUGCCAACUCAAUGUACAGCAUUAUCAAACACGCUCCUGGAGUAUUUUCACCAAAUGAGUGUUUGGCACUUUUUAUUGCGGCUCUGUGUCACGAUUUAGACCACCGAGGCAAAAACAAUAAGUUUAUGUUAGAAACUGAGUCACCACUUGCUGCAAUUUACAGCACCUCCACAAUGGAACAUCAUCAUUUUAAUCAAACUGUCACAAUAUUACAACAGAAGGGUCACAACAUCUUCAGUAAAUUAUCCAAUAGUGAAUACAAGCAAGUCUUAGGACUCAUGAAGCAUUGCAUUCUAGCCACAGAUCUAGCAGUAUUUUUUCCAAAUAGGGCAAAGGUUAAUCAGUUGUUAGCUGAUAAUUCAUUCAAUUGGAAUAGCAGCAGUCAUAGGUUGUUGCUGCAAGCCAUUACAAUGACUGCAAGUGACUUAUCAGCUAGUGCCAAGCCUUGGGAACUACAAGUUGAGACUGUCAAAGUUAUAUUUGAAGAAUUUUAUGAACAGGGAGAUGCAGAAAGGGCUAACGGUCUUCAGCCUAUACCAAUGAUGGAUAGAAAUCAACCUGAUCAGCAAGCAUCUUCCCAGGUUGGUUUUCUGACUGGCAUUUGUUUGCCGUGCUACACCCUGAUGGAUCAACUUAUUCCCAGUACUCGCCCCAUGUUGGAACAAUGCAAAGCAAACUUGAAGAGAUGGCAAGAAAUUGAUGAAUCAACUCGUUUAAAGGAACAGAAAACAUGAUCUCAAUGCUUGGUUUCCAUUUCCUUCCAACAAUUGCAAAUGCGGGUUUUAAUGUGGCUUUACUUAUUGCAUUGGAUAGUCUCAUUUCAUUCUCUGAGAAGGGAAUAUUAAUACCAGAAAGAGAAAUGAAUUGUUCAGGUCCCUACCAAGGAAUAACUUAAUUAUCUCUAAUUGUUUAGUCACAUCAUUUCUUUAAACUACAAUUUAAUUUUAUUUUCCCCCAGUAUUGUAAUUUAUAUGUUAAUUUUUAUGAUGUCAGAAGAAAGAAAUUGUACACUGUGUGUACUUUUUGCAGUAAUAAAUGUUAAAAUGUACAGAUUUAAUUAUGAAAGCUGAAGGGAGAUGACAAGUUUGGAAAUAUUUCUAUUACUGACCAAAAGUAAGCAUGUUUUAUUGUUUUAAUUAAAUUAUUACUUUAAUGAUAAAGCAUAUGUGAUGCUGAGUCUAGUUCUUGAGUACUUAGCAAAACUAUUCAACAUAUUUGUGGCUGCAUUAAUUCUUUGCACCAUCUCUUUACUAAGUGCAUAUUUCAAGGAACACCAUUGCGUAGUCAUGUGUUGAUGGUAAAAAGUAUAUACAAACAUUCCACUUAUGUGUUUACACUAGUCAGUUUCUGUACUGCACAUUUUAAGUAGAUGACAAGUGAAAAUAGAAUUAUUUUUCCUUCAAUAGAUUGAUAUUAGAAACAUGUUAUUUAUGUUAUUUUCAUUAUAUAUAUUUGACUGAUUUAAUAUUAUAAUUGUUAUAUUGUUUAUUGACUUUCAAAUUCACAAUUUCAGAAUUCAGAAUUGUAUCUCAUUGCAUUAAAAUCUCUCACUUUACUUUUCUAUCUUAGAUGAGAUAACGUCAGUAUUCUGUCAAAGAUGGUGAUUUCCUUCAAAUGAAUAUAGGUAAUGUAUUAAAUGCACAGUUUAAAUUGUUGUGACUAUCAUAAGUGCCAUUAAAUUUAAAGAUCUGCUGCUUUUCUUUAAAGUAAAUUUUCAUUUAAGAAAAGUUGUUGAAUUUUUUGUUAACAAUAGAUGCAUACCAAUUUUUGUUAACAAUGAGAAGGCGGCUUAAAAAUUUUGAGUCCACGGUUUUCCAAGUUUCACGUUGGCAUCCUAAUGAACUCUACAAUUUUAUGUGAAACUCAGCUCUUCCAGCAAGUAUUUCACCCUUUGUAGGCUACUUAUGCACUACUCAUAAAAUGAAUAAACAAAAGCCACAUUCCCAGUAUUAUUUAUAUUUUAUAUGAGUUAAAAGAAACACUUGAGCAUAUGUUUUGAAGGAGAAUAAAACAAACAAAAGUAUUUUUGCCCUUGUCCGGUGUUAACAGCUGAAUAUUUUGGACUGUUCAUGACACUUCGUUAACUUUCACUUAAGACUUCUGAGUAUCACAGCACUGAAUUCAGAAGACAAUGACUUCGAUUAAAAGAUGUUGUAUUAAAAUAAAUGAGUAAAAUAGCAAUAGUUGCUAAAGAUUAAUAAAAUGAUUAUUUAGCAUCAUUUAAAUUCAAUUGUAAUAUAGAAUAUGUUACAUAAUACCCUCCUCCUUUUCUUGCUUUGAUAUCACAGACAAUAUUUUUAUAGAAUAGUAUGAGAGAAAAUUAUUUUGAUCAUCUAUUCUUGUCGUCCGAUCCGUCUUAAAUAUAAGUUUAGAAAAAUUUGUAGAUCGCUAUUUAUGUUAAAUAAAAGCAACAGAUCUAUAUUGUUAAUCUCACAUUUUUUUAUAACUCUGCUGUUAUGUUUCAUAGACCUUUAAAUUUCACUUUUGGAUUUAAGUAUAAUAUUUAAUUUUAUUGAAUGUUCCCUGUGGUGAUGUCAGAUAAUUGGCAUGGAAGUAAUUCUUGAAUGACAUGAUAAGAAGAAAAUUUGAUCAAAAGAACUGACAUAUAUUUUCAUAAAUAUUUUGUAUUGUGUAUAUUUCUGACAUAUCACGCACCUCUCCAUUUCUACUAUUAGUGCUUAAAUUACGCAAAAAAUCAUAAUUCAUUGUAUUAUAAUUUCAAUGUGUUUUUGACUUAUUAAUGGCACUGCUAAGUAAUGAAAAUAAGCUAUGUAAAAUAUUUGAGCUUUGUGUGAGUCUGAGUUGUGCUGUCAACUUAUGUAUUGCCCUUUUAUACUCCUUUGUAUGUGUCAAUGGAAUUUCUACCUCAGUGUAUUGACUCCUAUGAAAGAAAAGAAGAAUCUUUUUCUAAAGGAGAUAUAUUUUUCAUAAUUAAUAUACAGUAUUUCUCAUAACAAUGAUAUGCCUUUGUAGGUGUCAUAAAUUGUGGUCAAAUCAGAUAUGGCUUAAUAUAGUAUUUUAACUACCUUAGUGAAAAUGUAAUAAAGAGUUGUCAGAUUUAAUUAUUUUAUUGAUGUUAUUGUAUUAUAAAAUGAUUAUUGUAGGAAAGAAUGUUUCUGAAAGUAAUGUAAUAAAAUUCAGUGUAAUUAUAUCAAUGUGAA